UUUUUUUUUAAUUUUUGAAAUGUUCCGAGUAAAUUCUGUUCUUCAAUCUAUUCCAAAAAUUUUCAAUUCUUUUGUUAGAAGAGCCAGCGUCAAUAGAGGAUUAGAUGAAAAAUCUGAAAAAAAUGAAAUUGAUCAAAUUACAGAAAUGGUUCCAAUAGAAAAAAGGUCGUUAUCUCGUGGAGCAAUGCUUAAUAAAUUUGAGAAGGAUUUUAUGAUUUUUCCUGAAUAUUUGGAGUUGGCAGAAAUUGUAAAUAUAAAAUCAUAUGUCGGGAAACUUGGUGAUGAUCUUGAUAAAACAAUUCCUCAUGUCAAAACCUCCCCUGGUCUUAUGCCUUCAGAAAUUGUUGAUGUUCUCAUGAAAAAUGGAAUUUUUGGAGCAAUUAUCCCAAAGGAUUUUGGAGGUGUUGGUUUUCAACAAAAAGAUGUUCUUCAAUUAGUUGAGUGUAUUAGCUCUAGAGAUCUUUCAAUUUUUACAAUGUUUAAUAAUUUGAUGACUUGUUCAAAUAUAAUUUUACAAUUUGGAACGAUUAAACAAAAAGAUGAUUAUUUGCCUGGACUGGCAACUGGAAAAUGGAGACCUGCAAUUUGUUGGCAAGAGGAAACUACUUCAGUCAAUCCAUCAUCACAAGUUUCAUCUUCCCCUGGACAACCACAACGACUUAAUGCUUAUAAAGUGAAUGUUGUAAAUGCUGUGGAUGCUAAUUUAUUUGUAGUUUUUGCUAAUAAAAGGAUUGGGGAUGAGAAUUUUCCCACUUGUUAUAUAAUCGAAAAAGAUUCAAUUAAAGAUCCAAAUGCUUCAAUAACCAUUAAAAAUAAAUUAAUGACUAGUGGACUGCAAAAAUGCAAUUUUUCUGAGGUUGUUUUCAAUAAUGUCCCCGUUGAUGAUUCCCUUAUGCUUGGGGAAAGCGAAAAUGCUCGAGCAAUGGUUGAUGAAUUGGCUUAUUCAGGCAAAACGCUUUAUGGUGCUGCUGUGGUUGGAUUUAUGAAGAAAGCUUUAGGAGAUCUCUGUUCUUUUGCAAAUCAGGAAGUCAAAGGAAAUAUGCGAUUAGCAGAUUCUCAUCCAAUAAAAAAGACACUUUCUGACAUGGGAUUGCAUAUUUAUAUAUUGGAAACGAUGGUUUAUUAUAUAGGUGGCUUAACCGAUGAAAAUUUAUUUUUGUCACAAGAUAUUGAAAAUUCUAUCAUUCAGAGAUUUUCAAACAAAGCAAUUAGACAGGCUAUAACCACAAUUACUGAAGUUGCUGGAAUUUAUUCUUCAGAUGUUGAAUUACCUUAUGAUAAAAUGAUUAAAGACGCUUUAGCUUUGAUGUCAUUUUCUGACCCCGAUUUACAUUUGGUUAGACGUAUAACAAUUCCUGCUAUUGAACAUUAUGUUAAUCAUCAUGGAGGAGCUAAAACAUUUAUGAAAACGUCCGGUUUUGUAAGAUAUUUGGGUGGUAGAGAAGAUUUGAUUGAUUAUUUACAUCCAAAAUUGAUUCAUUUUAUUGCAGAACAUGUUCAUCCAUCUUUGGCGGGUUCAGCAGUCAAUUUUGAAUAUUGUCUUACUCGAUUGGAUAAAAUUAUUGAUAUUCUUUUUAGAGAUAAAGGAGUUUAUUUAAAUACUGAUUAUAUUGCGUUACAAGAUAUUUCAACUUUAAUGGAAAAUAAUUUGGCAAUGAUUUCUGUAAUAGCUAGGGCAAGUAGAGCUUAUUCUGUUGGUGUUAGAAAUUCUCAUUUGGAGCUUGAUUGGACCAACUAUUUUUGUAGCAGAGCAGCAGAAGAAUCUAAAAGAGUAAUUGCUGAAGUAAUGGAAACUCAACAAAAAAUGAUUAAUAUUAAUCCGAGUGUUAUGGGGGCUGCAAAAAGUUUAUUAGAUGCAAAUGGUUAUUGUAUGGAUAGUCCAAUAGAAAAGAAUUGGUAGUUGAAGGGAGAAGGUUUAUAAAAAAAUUAUUUUUUGAUAUUUCAUUAGGAAUUUUAGAGGGAUUG